CAAGAAGGCCCCACCAUUAGUCAAGACCAAGGGGAAAUGAUUGCCAGGAUAAGGCGUCACAGCUGGAGGAGCGGCAUCUCGCAAACGGCGCCAUGAUCAUCCAUCAGUGGACCAUCACCCACUGCCCGCUGCCCAAGUGUUGACUUCAUUCAACUCUCUCGCCUGCUUCCUGCAGCAAUCCCCCCUAAUAAUGUACGAUUAAAGGAGUGUCCCACACAAAUGCAAGACAAGGCGUUUGUCGAUAGGUAGUGCGUGAACACGCGCUCCUUUCCCUUCUGUCGCGACCUGGUUGACCCGGCACGCUCUCGGGUUUCUAGGAUUCCCGGGUUUCUGGGUUUCCGAGGUUUCCGCCCGCUAUAUCCAGGUUAGCGAUACCUCACCUACCUAGUCGUCCGACUCCCUUCCCGAUCAGUUCAAAACUCGGUCCUGGAUCUCCCUCCAUCCGCAUCUGCCGUCAUGGACCAUACCACCAUUCCAGAGGCUGUGGCGGCAGCGAUGCCUGGGCCGCUCGACAAUGCAAGUGCCUGGCAGAACUUCACCCUAUGGACGGCUCAACAUUUCGGCUUGGCAGUGAACAUGACAAAGUUGACGCCAUCGUUGGAGGAUCUUGUUUGGGCAGGCCCUCGCAUGGUCAUGAAGCUCGGACGCCUGGGCUCUUUUAUCUCGUUCCCGGACGCCAUCGACGCCUUUGGCCAGCGGGUUGUGCCCGAUGCAACCGACGGCGACAUCUUCUCCUCGUCCACGAUAAUAGCCACCAACCUGGUCGAAACCCUCACGGAAACUACCUCGACUGCUGCGUCUUCCGCAUCCGACUUUGCUGCUUCCGCCGUCGCCGACGUCGUGACCCAGAAUCCGAACGCUUUUGUCUCGCGGUUCUCGAUGGAAGGCGCAAAAGGCUUGGGGGGCGUCUUCAGCUACGCCACUAGCAAGUGGGCGCUAUGUUGCAUCGCCAUGGCUGUCAUCUUCAACCGCACCCACAUAUUCGCUGCUACUCGCCGCAGACUCCGGCUCCGGUGGCAUAUCCGCCUGUUUAUGCGCGUCGUACCCGUGAUACUACUUCUCCUCCAAGCCCGAUGGCUCCUGCAGUCAAUACAGUGCCAGACCUCGCCCGACUUCUCCGAACUGCGCUGGGGAAAUGCAAGCAAGAGCUCGGAUCUGAUGUUCGCGCAACCGAACCACUUUCUGAACCGGCUUGGGUCGACUCUAUUACUCGGAGCGUCCGACGAGGAGUCCUGCCGCUCCGCGCAGAUGGUACCUUGGGAUGAUGGAGAACAACCCGAGCUAGUGGGCUCUCUCUCCCGCCUUUGGCCGCUCUUCGGGACGUACUGUUUGAGCCAGUUCGUAGAAGUACUCUCUUGCGCGGUGCAAGGCCGCCCGGUGGCUGCCGAGACCGGCAUGACCCUGUUCGAGCAUUCCCUUGCCUUUGCUGAGGCUGAUGCUGCCAUUGGCAAUCAGCUGGGCUGGGGUCUCUUCACCAACAGUACCGGCGGAUCGCAAGCAGCACUCGGAUCCAAGAUUGCGCUUACGAGGUCCAUGAUUUUGAAGCGAGUCAACACGCCCGCCGAGGUGCUUCUCGUGGCCUUCUUCUCCGCCAUGAGCCAUGCCACGAGCCACAUCCUCGGCAUCUUCAACCUGCAAGCCAAGUUCCGCCUCGUCAGUACAGGGUUUUGGGGCCUUUGCUUCAUGUCGAGCCUCCUCUGGAGCGCUUUCAACUUCUCUGUCGAUGAUCCUUCGGCCCAAGGAUUACUGAGGUACCCGACCGUCUGCAUCAUCGGCUUCAUCCCACACAUCCUCAUCCUGUUCGGGAUCUACGCCUGUGGAGUCGUCUACGCCUCGGCCCUGGCGCUGUCAGCCCUUGCUACACCAGACGGAGAAAAUAACGGAGAACGGCUUUCUCUCCGGCAACGCCUUCAGCGUGCCCAUGGCAAUAUGCAAGCGAAUGUCUCGCUUUCCGACAUCCGUAUCCGGACGGAUAUGGACUUCUACACUGCGCUCUUGCGAGCGGGUUUUGGUGCAAUCACCAUGGCAAGCGAGGCGGUCUACCUCAACGAGGAUCACCAAGUGAACCUGAAGAGAUAUACCUGGUUAGAAAACGACAGGUUUCGUGAGCUGGAAGAACUUCGGAUGCAGUGGAUCGGCGGCGGCAUUCCCGGGUCACGAUUCGAUUCGGUUGGCACCAUUGGCCUCGUGCCUGUCAAGGACGGCCAGACGCAUGCCAUGAGCGGUUACGCGAGGGAGAAGGCAGCGCAGCAGAUCCCGAGAAACAACACAUCCAACCGAAGGUUUCGGGACGGCGUCGGCGCCACGGAGCGCAGUUCGAGGUGGCUUAUCGCGUUUGAGUACAUGCUACAUAUUGCCAAGCUAGUGUUUGUCAUGUGGGCGUUGGUUACGGUUAGGAUCAUGGCGGUUUUCGGCCUGCGCACGCCUCCUCGCUGGCUUCAGGGCCUAUCACAGCGACCUAAGCCCGAGUUGGCAUCCAAAAAGUCGGGCCGGCGUGGUCGCGGGCUAAACGUAGAUGUCUUGUCCCCCGGUGAAGGGAGAGUCUUCUUCGUGGUUCCGCGGGCUGACUGGGUGGACGUGGAGGCGGAAUUACGCCGCCAAAUGGACAAAAACGACGGGGAAGCAGAAACCAGCCAGAGAAUCCCUCCUGCCAACGAGACGGAAGUCGACUCCAAGCUUUACAGCUACUUCCUCAGGGGCGGCUGGUGGGGGAACAGCGACUCGAGCGGCGACUAUGCUCCUCCCACCUCUCAAGCCCCAGACACCGGCCUCGACGAGCUGGAUUUCGACGAUACCACUAGUGUCAUCUCGACAACCGAAUCAGCGAGUGAAGUGGACUGGGAGUCUGACCACGACUCCCUCGACGACGGGCAGCGCACCCCAACGCAGCAAAACCCCGCCCCCAUCUCCUUCGCCUCGGCCGUGGCAUCAGCCCGCGCCUCCCGCGAGUCCACCCCGCUCCUGGACACCCCCAUCGCAACCACCGACCUCGCCCGGCUGCUGAACCCCCAAAGCCCCGAAGACCGCGACGAAGCCCUCGCGCUAUCCGCCCACCUGAGCAGCGACGGCAUCAUGACGCGCUCGCGCUUCAAGCAGCAGCUCCAGCGCCAGCGCGCCCAGGUGCUCCUCACCAACAACCAAGCCGCCAUCCACACGCGCCGGCAGUUCGCCGCCCCGACCCAAGAGAAGAUGACGCCCGACGAAGAAGCCCGCGUGCUCGAGCAGCUGCUCCUCUCCCGGCGCGCCGCCGCCGCCGCCGCCAAACAAGCCACUACCACAUCAUCAUCAUCAUCAUCAUCAUCCAUGCCACCACCACCACCAUCAGAAACAUCAUCACCGCCCGGAGGGGCAGGGGCGGGGGCCAACUCGUCGUGGGCGACGGGCGCGGCCGGGCUGGGCCCCGACGGGCCGCAGUGCGUCGUGUGCCAGAGCGCGCCGCGCACCAUCAUCGUGUGGCCGUGCCGCUGCCUGAGCCUGUGCGACGACUGCCGCGUGUCGCUGGCCAUGAACAACUUUGACAAGUGCGUGUGCUGCCGAAGGGAGGUGAUUAGUUUUAGUCGGAUUUAUGUGCCCUAGGUUGGGUUGGGUUGGGUUGGGUUGGGUGGUGGAGUGUAGUGUGGUGUGGUGUGGUGUGGG